AUGGAGAGGGCUAAAUGCAUCCGAAACGAUGCAACGUGGCUGCUCGCCUAUACAUUGGUCUACCUAACCGCCUACUGGACCGUUGGCUAUCCAAAUGACACCCCCAUUGCCGGACUCUACUACUUCAUGUGGAUCCUCCUCGGUAUCUUUGGAACGGGGUACUCCCACCUCCUAGCUGCGCUCUUCCCAUCCGCAACUCUAGCGGACUUGACUCCCCAUGCAUACCUGAACGAUUUCUACCGCCCCUGGCUAUUUUGGAUCGAUCCCAUGCGCUACUUCUUCGGCGCUCCGCUCGGUUCGGUCCUUCACGGUGUGGCAGUUGAGUGUUCCUCGAGUGAUCUUGUUGUGUUUGAUGCCCCGCCAGGCAGUACUUGUGGCCAGUAUACGGCGGCCUUCUUGGGCAAUAACCCCGGCUACAUCGUUAAUCUGAACGCGACGGCAGAUUGCUCAUAUUGUCCGUAUUCGGUGGGUGAUGAGUGUCUGGGAACGUUGGAUUAUUCGUAUGGGCAGCGCUGGUGGAAUUGGGCGGUUUUUGUGGGGUUUUGCUGUACGAACUUUAUGUUGGUUUAUGUGGUGGUGUGGUUCACUAAGGGGCGGGGGCAGAGACGUGCUUGA